AAAAACUCACAUAAAAACCGUAUCCAAAUUUCCAUUGGAUUUUAACUUGCAGAUGUAGAUUCGGAACUGAAACCCGAACCUGACAUACUACCGCCAAAUUUGUUCCUUACCAGCAGUGCUGGAGUGGAGCCUGUCUUUUGCAAUAGCAGAAGGCCCAACUGAAGACAAUAUUACGAGAUGGGGAACCGGAGAUUUGCGCAGGUCUCCACCAGCGACGAAGAAGACGAUGCGCCACCUCCGCCGCCGAAAACUCGUUCGUCAACGAAGCUGGAAGAGAACGAGAGUAAUAGGAAGAAAAUAAAGCUUUCAGAUGAAAACGAAGAGAAAAUAAGCGGAGGAAAAGUGAAAAGAAAAGCUAGGGUAGAGAAAACUGUGGAGGAUCCCGACCAGGAGGAGGAAGAGGUGCCGCAGGAGGACGCGAAGCCCGUCGGUGAACCAGUUAAGUUGUCGGGGAAAGGAAGAGGACGAAGGAGUCAUUAUGAGGCUUUUGAUUUCGAUGGAAACCGAUACGAUCUUGAGGAUCCUGUACUCUUAGUUCCUGAGGAUAAAAUGCAAAAACCUUAUGUGGCAAUUAUCAAGGAUAUUGCUCGGACCAAUAAUGGUAGCAUGAUGGUAACUGGACAGUGGUUUUAUCGCCCUGAAGAGGCGGAAAGAAAAGGUGGAGGAAGCUGGCAGUCACGUGAUACCAGGGAACUGUUUUAUAGCUUCCAUCGGGAUGAGGUUCCAGCAGAAUCUGUAAUGCACAAAUGUGUGGUGCAUUUUGUUCCUAUUCACAAGCAACUUCCAAAUCGCAAGCAGUAUCCUGGUUUUAUUGUCCAGAAAGUGUAUGACACAGUAGAACGAAAGCUUUGGAAGUUAACUGACAAGGAUUAUGAAGACAACAAGCAGCAUGAAAUUGAUCUUCUUGUUCAGAAAACUCUAUCACGUAUGGGAGACCUUCCUGACAUUGAAACUGAAGAUAAUGUUGCCGAACCAGAAGAUCUCUCAAAGGUUAAAAGAUUUUUGAGGAAAAAGAAUAUCACUCCUCUUGAUGUUUCAAGGGAGGAAGAAGCGACUAUCCGGACAGAUAAUUUAAAAGGUGAAACACCAGGAAGUUGUGCAGCCAAUGCUUCAGAGUACUUUGCAAUCUUGGGAAAGUUUAAUGCAGUAACUGGAGAUACUCAUCGUGACAAAUGGUUGGAAAGGCUUCUUCAAUGUAUUCAAUAUAUGUGCAGUUCUCCCACUGGCACACUUGAUGGUGAUAAAAUGACUGAUUGUGCUGAUGUUACAGAAGACGAAAAAGAGCACAAGUCCCAGGGCACUGCAAAUGGAUCGCAGAAAAAGAGUCUUAAAAGUAGCGAAAAUUUUCAGUGGCCUGAUGCUGCUGUUCUUGCAGUAAGUGCUCUUGAGAAGGCCUCACAUGAAGCUCUUUCCACUGAUUUCCAGAAAUAUAACCAGAAGUUGCGUCAGCUGUAUUUCAAUCUGAAGAAUAAUGCACUCCUGGCCCGGCGCUUACUUAAUGGAGAAUUGGAACCCUCAAAAAUACUAAAUAUGUCGCCUAAUGAAUUGAAGGAGGGAAUGACAGCUGAGGAGAUGGUGAGAAAGGAGCCUGAGGAGUCAGCAAGCAUGCAGAUGACAGAUGCUUGUUGCUCAAGAUGCAAUGAGUUGAAAGUAGGCGUAAGGGACAUCAUCCAAGCAGGACAUGGAGAUCGCUAUCAGCUGGAGUGCACUGCCUGCGGAAAUUCAUGGUAUGCUUCCAGGGAUGAAGCAUCCAUGCUGACAAUAGAUGGCCCGAGUUCUGCCAGAAGUGUAGGCACUGCACCCUGGGCUGCUGCUAAAUUUGAAGAGGUAGGGAAGAAGCAGGUCAGUCCCUGUGAACCUGAGAAGGCAGUUGAGAUCAUCAAGAAGAGUAGCGAACCAUGUGCACCUGUUAUAAACCCAGAGAUCGAUUGGCAAACCCAAGGAUGAAGAGAAUUCCGAAACUGCAAAGAAUGCUGAAUAAUAUAUACAUGCUGAAAGAGAUUGCCUUUUGUACAGUUAAAGUUGAGUGGCUUGUUAUUCAUAGAUGGCCUUAGUUUCUGAAGCCGAAUUUCAUCAUGUGUAGUAGUUAGCCAGGUCAUACGCUACGCAUGAGGAGUACAACUUUAGUUUCUCUCUGAUAUCAAAGUAGUGGAAUACAAAUCUUUGCAAGUGGACAAUGCUGUAAUGCUCGAAUAUAAUUUAUUUGAAGGCCAAAAUCUUUACCCUUUA